AUGGCUUCGCAGGAUGAAAGCCUGGCACUCGACCCGGAGGCCAAUGUCGUAUCACCAUCGAAUAGUGUCUCGGACCAAUUACCCCCGACCGCCGAGGAGAAACUUAAACUACGAAAGAUAGCAGGCCGCAUCCCAUGGGUUUCAUACCUUCUCUGCAUAGUUGAGCUUGCAGAACGAGCCUCAUUCUAUGGUUGCAAGACAGUCUUUAACAAUUUCAUGCAGUUCCCGUUACCAAAGGGUGGUAACGGGGCUGGAGCUGUUGCCAAGAAUGACCCCAACGGCCAUGCCGGUGCAUUAAACCGGGGCCUUCAGUUUGCCUCGGCCAUGGUACUCCUGUUCAACUUCCUAGCCUAUGUCAUCCCAAUCUUUGGUGCAUGGCUCGGGGACACCAAAACCGGCCGUUUCAGGGCAAUCAUGUACGGAGUUGUCAUUGGUGGCGUAGCACACGUUAUCAUGGUUGGAGGUGCAGCUCCCGCUGUUCUCAAAGCCGGUAAUGGACUUGCACCUUUCAUGGUCAGUUUCUUUCUGCUCGCCAUCGGAGCAGGUCUAUUCAAGCCCAAUGUCGUUCCUCUCAUCGUCGACCAAUACACCGACCAGACAGAAUAUGUCAAGACACUCAAGUCUGGCGAAAGGGUCAUUGUCGAUCCCGAGACCACUAUUCAGAGGAUCAUGUUGAUCUUCUACAUGUGUAUCAACGUCGGUGCUUUCUUCAUGAUUGCUACAACUUAUAUCGAAAAGUACGUUGGCUUUUGGCUUGCAUUUCUCCUUCCGGGUAUUAUCUACAUCCUCCUGCCAGUGCUGCUCAUGUGGCGAUACAAAAGUCUUAAGCGCGCACCGCCACAAGGAUCCGAUCUCAACAAGUUCUUCAAAAUCGUCAGUUUGGCUAUCAAAGAAAACAGAGGCAGGGUUUGGGCCAAGGACUUUUUCGAGUCUGUCAAGCCAUCAGUUCUUGCUGCCAAGGGCAAGACGGUUUCUUGGGAUAGCCAGGCAGUCGAGCAUGCUCGUAGAACUCUGUCUGCGUGCCAGAUCUUUCUCUAUCAGCCACUAUUCUACCUGAAUAAUGGUGGUGUUGGUACGGUAUUGUCGAACCAAGGAGCUUCGAUGACCACGAAAGGUGCACCAAAUGACCUGAUUCACAACUUCAACCCACUCACCCUGAUGGUCUUUGCGCCCAUCAUGUCAUUUGUUCUUUACCCGCUCUUGAACAGAUACCACAUCAAGUUCGGUCCCAUUAGUCGUAUGACUGUUGGUUAUGUAUCUACUAUUAUCGGAAGUCUCGUUGGCGCACUUUUACAGUGGUGGGUCUAUAAAACCUCGCCUUGCGGAUAUCACGCUUCAGCCUGUGACAGUGUAUCUCCUGUUUCCAUCUGGUGGCAGCUCCCUGUCGUUAUGCUCGGCGCUAUUGGUGAACUCUUCACUGCAGUCACGGCAUACGAGAUGGCAUAUGCUAGGGCGCCUGAAGGCAUGAAGUCCACUGUCGUUGCAAUCAACUUGGCUAUGCAGGCUCUGUCCGCUGCAUUGGCUCAGAUCUUGAUUCCUUCGAUUAAUGAUCCCAAUCUUAUUUGGGCAUGGGCCGCUCCUGGUAUUGUUCUCUUUGUCCAGACGAUUAUCUUCUGGGUUCGACAUCACCAUGUGAACGAUGAGAAGUUUUUGAUUCGUGAGGAACCUAAGGAAGAUAGUCCCUCUGUAGCAGAAGAGAAAUAG